CCUUCCAGCGGACCGAGCUGGGUUCCUCUGCUACGGGUCGGGGCUUGGUCACAGCACGGAGGCAGUCUGCAGACUGAAGGGAGCGCUUUAACAGGGACUAAAUCACAAUGCCUGCUGCUAAAGAUGAUGGUGGAUGGAAGAAGUUUCUGUGGAAUUCGGAGAAAGGAGAGCUGCUCGGUCGCACCGGAGGCAGCUGGUUCAAAAUCCUAUUGUUCUACGUCAUUUUCUACGGCUGCCUGGCUGGAAUCUUCAUCGGCACUAUCCAAGCCUUGCUGCUCACCCUGAGCAACUACAAGCCCACCUGGCAGGACAGAGUCGCACCCCCUGGCCUUACACACACCCCACGAUCAGACAAAGCUGAAGUCAGCUUCAACCUCAAUGACGUGGAGACCUACCUGCCUUACACCAAGGCCUUGAAGGACUUCCUGGCCAAGUACGAUGACGAAUUCCAGAGGGAUCAGAUGAAGUACGAGGACUGUGGAGAUGAGCCUGCAGAGUACAAGAACAGGGGCGACUUGGAGAGCGAUGUAGGCAUCAGGAAGGCCUGCCGUUUCUCCAGGACCCUGCUGGGACCCUGCUCCGGCAUCGAGGACCGAGACUUUGGUUUCAAGGAGGGCAAACCCUGCCUGAUUGUGAAGCUCAACAGGAUUGUCAACUACCGUCCAAAGCCUCCUAUCUCCAAUGAAAGCAUCCCUGAAGAGGCUCAACCCAAGGUGCAGCCCAACAUCAUCCCUCUCUACUGCACCAACAAGAAAGAGGAGGAUGCCGGUAAAAUCGGGGAGAUUAAGUACCAUGGUAUCGCCGGUGGCUUCCCCCUGCAGUAUUACCCCUACUACGGCAAGCUGCUGCACCCUCAAUACUUGCAGCCGCUGGUGGCUCUGCAGUUCACCAACCUGACCAUGAACACUGAACUGCGCGUCGAGUGCAAAGUGUACGGAGACAACAUCAGCUAUAGCGACAAGGACCGCUACCAGGGACGCUUUGACAUUAAGAUCCAGGUUAACAGUUUAUGACCGCCAUCAGGACCGUAGCACUUUCCCUGGCCGCCCCUCCCACCUCUGCCCCCUCUGUCCUUAACUAAACACAAAUCUAAUGUAGGAGAUUCUAAGUGAGGGGGGGUAAGCUGUAGCGGUUAAGUCAAUCACAAAUAGUCUUGAAUGAAUAAAUGAAAGAAAAUCCAUGAUAGGGGACCGAUGUGUAAUCUCGUCUGCUUUCAUCACUAGCUUCUACACUUCUGUCUAGCGUUAGAAUGUAAUUUAGAGGAAAAGUAGCAGUAGGCCUAAUAAAAAUAUUUAUUCCGCCGGAGAUUAGACUUUUCCACAAGCCAUGGGACAUCGUUCAUUGACGACUGUAAAGUUAAAUUCCAUCUCUGACAUGUAGCAAGCCGUGUUUGUCCCCUCUGCAUAUCGCUGCCUCGUGUGGUUUCAGUAGAUAUUUUUGGAGUGUGCCGUAGUCGCAAAAUCUGGUCCACGCUGUUCCUCAUUUUCCUCUGUGAGCAAGCUUUAGCUGUCCUAGGCAUGUGUGUGUCAGACAUGAACGCACACUUCCGGUUACUUAAUGAUUGAAAUGGUUUGACAUGACGCCCUCUUCUGAUCUGUGUAAGGAAAAGGCUGCACUCCAGGGAACUUCUUUCCUCUUUUUAUUCGUCUUUUACAUCUGAUCACGGGAGACUCUUUAUUACUUUGCCUUUCUUUCUUCUUUUAUUGCUUUGUUAAAUCACGUAAAUGUGUGAAGGGGUUUUAUUACUUUGGUUUCAUGCCUUUUACUCUUGAUUUUGCCUUGAAUGUAGAAUUGUGUGUCCAGCCUGUUAGACACUUCAGCCUGCUGUACGGGCGACGGUGCUAACUCAAGUUUUUAAAGAUUUUUUUUUGUUUUGCCGGAACUCUCUGAAUGUUUUUAGCCAUUUAAACAUGGUGGAAGAAUUUUAUAUUUAUGCAGUUGUACAUUUUGUUUCUUUGCAGAAUAUUGUAAUGUAUAAAUGCAAUACCAAAGUGACGAGUUGAUAUGAGAGUCUUAACAGAAGCAAUGCAGUACUUGUUUUUAGGAUCUCAUCAUGUUAAGUGCUAAAGUCAAUGUCUCACCUUGCAACCUCAGUGGUUAACUCUCGAUUCGUGUUUUGGCCAUGAAUGUAGUUAGAAUGAACAGGUAACAAGCAGUUUAGUUCCACAAUGACUUGAUUUCAUGCAUUUAAAAAAAACAAACUUGAGUUCUUCCAGAGCUCAGAGGCUUUAGACGAUCAAUGAUGUUGGCUUUGAUAUUCCAUAGGAUCUCAUGUUGAUGUAAAACACUCAACUUGAACUUUAACAUCAGUCAACUUUCCAUCCAGCUUUGUCAUUUAAUCAAAGGUAGAAACAAAUAAAAUCAUAAUGGACCUUU